CGGAUAUGAUUUAAAUGCGGUUGAAAUUAUAUUUAACUAAGCAUACAGUACUUGCAUUGAGUAGUAAUAUUUAUUUUAUUUUACGUUAUUUUCCUUUCUGAAGCUACGGGGAUAAAGGGAUGGUGAUACCGGAGAGAAUAUAAGAAUGAGGUAUUGAGAAGCUGCGAUGCGAAAAACGGAAUUCCUCUUAACACCAACAUCAACACCAACAACACAUGAGAAUAAAUAAUGAAAAUAAAAAGGAAAGAGAAACGCGCCCCUCGCUUUGCAUUUUUCAGUUGCAGUCGUACUCUCUCUCUCUCUCUCUCUACCUAGCUACUACUGCUAGCUAAACCCCAUCUCUCUCUCUCUCUCACUCACUUUAUACGUGUUCUGUUACAACUGCUCCACCCGCGUGCGUGUACUCGAAUGCACUGCAUCCUUCAUCGGUAACCGAGAGAGAGAGAGAGAGAAACCUGAAGAAACACAAGCUGCCUUAAAGAGAUAAUAGAGAUACUACUACUACUUGUCGUGGUGAAGAAACGUUUCAGCUGCUUCCUAAUUCGUAUUCCGAUCUGCUCCAUCUCCACAAAAGAACACUCUACCAUUUAAAAGUUUGUUAGACGGAGAAGAUCGAUGGACGCUGAUGGAGUCACCGCCUCUUCCUCUCCAAACGCUGCUGAAGAAGGUGUGAAUAAUUAUAAAAAAGAUGGUGAUGAGUUGUAUGAGAGAGUGUGGCGAGCAUGCGCGGGAGAAUGUGUAUAUAUCCCCCGUGUCGGAGAUAAGGUGCUGUACUUCCCUCAGGGCUACUUAGAACAGGUUGCUUCAUUCACUCAGCAUCAGCAAGAUGGUCACGCGGAUAUUCCUGUGCAUAAUCUACCUUCUAAGAUCCUGUGCCGGGUUGUGUCUGUUCAGUUAAAGAUUGAAGCUUCCAGAGACGAGGUUUUUGCUCAAGUUACUCUACUUCCAGAGUCCAAGCAAGAUGAACUUAGUUCCAAGGACACAGACACAGCUCAGAUACCCAGCAGAUCUUCUGUAUACUCCUUUAGCAAGAUACUUACUUCAUCAGACUCUGGUGCUCAUGGCGGAUUCUCUAUUCCCAAGAGGCAUGCUUAUGAAUGCUUCCCCCCUCUGGACAUGACUCUUAAACCCCCAGCACAAGAGCUUGUUGCAAGGGACUUGCAUGGGUACGACUGGCGCUUCCGACAUAUAUUUCGUGGUCAGCCAAGACGAAACUUACUUACUAGCGGUUGGAGCACAUUUUUAAACUCCAAAAAACUUGCUGCUGGAGAUACAUGCAUAUUCUUCAGGGGAGAAAAUGGAGAACUCCGAAUUGGGGUUCGUCGAGCUAUGAAACGGCAAAAUAUUGCAUCCCCAUCUGCUUCUCUAAUAUCAGCUCAUAGCAUGCAACUAGGAAUACUGGUUAGUGCUUCCAAUGCUGUUGCCACAGGAUCCAUGUUCACUGUAUACCACUACCCUCGGACGAAUCCCUUUGAAUUUAUCAUUCCUUUGCAACGCUACAUGAAGUCAACUCAAAUGAGCUAUGCAACUGGUAUGAGAGUACAAUUGCUGCUUGAUGUUGAAGAACCUAGAAAAAGAUAUGCAGGUACAGUAAUCAGUAUUGAAGAUUUUGAUGGCAUUAGGUGGCCUGGUUCUGAAUGGAGAAGCCUCAAGGUCCAAUGGGAUGCUACACCGCAUGCAGAUAUGCAUCCAGAAAGAGUUUGUCCUUGGUGGAUUGAGGCCUUGGACUGUGCCAAGCAGAAACACAUUCCUAUUCUCCCCGCACCAAAGAAAGCCCGUCCAAAUAACCUGCCGUUGCCUGAAUUAAGUGGCUUUGUCAAGGAUGAGACAAUUCGGUAUUCAGCUAAGCCUGCAGCUCAGAGACUGGAAAGGGACUUGCAAGGUCAAGACUACAAUGAUGUAGCUUCUCCACAGCCUGUGCUAAAACAACCAUCAUCAAAGGUUAUUUGUAACUCAAACCUUGGGAUUGAGAAUCAGCUUCGAAUUCCGAUUCAAGACCCUGUUCACCAGUGUACUGGAAGCUCAAUGUCGUUUCCACAUGAAGACUUGUCAACUUCCAGUUCAAAUGCGUACUGUCCGGGAUCUGAAUCCCAAGGAUGGCCUUCUUCUGAAUCUAAAGAUGAAAACGAUGUUCCUUUUGGCCCACAUAGCAGUUGUACUACAUACAAGCUUUUUGGGAUUUACUUAACUGAUUGCCAAUCGGAGCUCCCUUCACCACAAUUUUCUGCUUACAGCAAGAUUCCAAGUACCAUUUCUAUUCCUCCAAUGUCUCACUCAAGUAUUUAUGCAACAAUCCAGGCAGCAAAACAGUGCGGAAAUAUUCAAGGUGUUUCCUCAGAGAAAAGAUGCAAGAAGUGUCGCUCUGAUAAUAGUAGAAGUUGCACAAAGGUUCUUAAGCAAGGAACUGCUCUUGGCAGAGCAAUUGAUCUCACUCGUUUUGCUGGAUAUGACGAACUCAUUUCUGAACUUGACUGGAUGUUUGAUUUUGGCGGAGGCUUAAUUAAUGGAAGCAGUGGAUGGCAUGUGACCUGCAUAGACGAGGAUGGAGAUAUUAUGCUCCUGGGAGAUUUCCCAUGGCAGUUAAGUAAUAAUUUAUCAAAAGGACUUUCGAUCCAUGGUGCAAAAGAUGAUAAUACGUCCAAAGGAUGCAAUUAACAAUCCUAGUCCAAGCUCCUCUGCAUAUCCUGCAAGCAUUUAGUGGGUGUCUGAUCUCUCAUUCCCUGACUUUGCGGGCACCAGGAAAGUCCUAUGCUGCAGUAGUUGUGCAUCUAUGCUUGUUCUCUCUCAAAAUUAUGUGAAUGCUGGCUUUAUUGAUAUAUAGCAAAAACUUUGCAAU